CGCCAUACCACAGCAAGCAUGGAGCCUGCUCAUCUCAACGCAGCAGUCAUGAACAUUGUAAACACCUCACGCAUUAUCAUACAGUUUAUGCAGAACCUGAAAAAUCAGGCGAGGGGGAGGUGACAGCAGCACGGUGACAAGAGUGAUGAGGACAUGGACACAAAAUUAUCUCAAAGCGCGGGCCCCGGUGCUUUGGAGAUCAUGGUGUUAAUGGGGCAGGUUCAUGCCAUGGAACGCUGAUUCUGGGCCCAGGAAACAAGCACAGACUGGUGGGACCACAUAGUGUUGCAGGUGUGGGACGAUUCCCAGUGGCUGCGAAACUUUCACAUGCGUAAGAGCACUUUCAUGGAACUUUGUGACUUGCUUUCCCCUGCCCUGAAAUGCCAGAAUACCAAGAUGAGAGCAGCCCUCACAGUUGAGAAGCGAGUGCCGAUAGCCCUCUGGAAGCUUGCAACGCCAGACAGCUACCGGUCAGUCUGGAAUCAAUUUGGAGUGGGCAAAUCUACUGUGGGGGCUGCUGUGAUGCAAGUAGCCAAAGCAAUCAUUAAGCUGCUACUACGAAAGAUUGUGACUCUGGGAAAUGUGCAGGUCAUAGUGGAUGGCUUUGCUGCAAUGGGAUUCCCUAACUGUGGUGAGGCGAUAGAUGGAACCCAUAUCCCUAUCUUGGCACUGGAGCACCAGGGCACCCAGUGCAUAAACCGCAAGGGGUACUUUUCCAUGGUGCUGCAAGUACUGGUGAAUCACAAGGGACGUUUCACCAACAUCCACGUGGGAUGGCCAGGAAGGGUUCAUGACGCUCGCGUCUUCAGGAACACUACUCUGUUUAAACGGCUGCAGCAAGGGAAUUACUUCCCAGACCAGAAAAUAACAGUUGGGGAUGUUGAAAUGCCUGUAGUUAUCCUGGGGGACCCAGCCUACCCGUUGAUGCCAUGGCUCAUGAAGCCAUACACAGGCUGCCUGGAGGAAGUAAGCUCAGAGUGCAAAGCCAUCCAGUCAACGACCACAGGUCGAAGGGUAUGUAAUGCAUCCGGACAUGCUGCAUCUGACAGAUAG